UGGCUGUCAAAUGAUAUCUGCACGACGCACGUGUAUUUAUUGCAUUUUAUUUUGCAAGUAAACGUUCUUUACUAAAUGUAAGUCUUUCAAAAAAUAAUGGAACCGAAAAAGAUAUUACAAAAACCGUCUCUAGCAUAUACAAGUAAUCCUAAUUUCAGUAAACCUCCUAAAACACCUAACCCCCACUUAGAAUGCCUAGGGACGCCCCAUAUAGAUUCUUUCAAUUAUAUGGUACAAGAUGGUCUCAAAGCUGCAAUCGCGGAUUUAAUUCCGGCCGAAUUCGAGAUGCCGAGUGGAGAAAGAAUUAAAAUCACUAUAGAUGAGGCAGCGUUCGCUAAGCCGAGUGUACCCAUGGAAGCAGUGGGUGUCAAAAAUCAGAGGGUACUUCCUACAGAAUGCCGACAAAGGGCUGCUACAUAUAAGGGUGACUUUAAGAUAAGAUUAAGUUUCAAUAUUGAUGGAAAAACUAUGUCAAUCGAUAAGUCACUAGGAAGCUUGCCUAUUAUGCUAAAGUCAAAGGUCUGUCAUUUGGCAGACUUAUCGCCCGAGGAACUUGUGAAACACAAUGAACAUGCUGAUGAAUGGGGUGGAUAUUUUGUUAUCAAGGGUCAUGAACGUUUAGCUCGUAUGUUACUAGUGACGCGCCGCAACUAUCCCGUCGCUAUUAAACGUUCAGGCUGGAAGAUGAGAGGGAAUUUAUUCUCCGAGUUUGGAAUCCUAGUACGCUGUGUCAAACCCGAUCUCACGAGCACCAAUAAUGUUCUGCACUUUCUCCAAAAUGGUACCUGUAAGCUAAUGUUCUCUCACCGCAAAGUUAUGUACUACGCGCCAUUAGUAUUGAUCAUGAAGAGUCUGGUGGACUGGCCGGACCAUUACAUAUACAGAUUAUUGCUGCACGGAAAGAAGAAUGAUUUGUAUUAUGUUAACUGUGUACAGAACAUGCUUCGUGAACUUCAUGAACAAAGUAUCCACACACAAGAGGAAUGUAAAUCCUACCUCGGCCGCAUGUUCCGGCCCAGGCUUAGCGAACUGCCUCCAUGGGCAACGGACGAGGAUGCUGCUGACUUCCUUCUGACUCGCUGUGUGAUGAUCCAUCUCAAUGGAAACACUGAUAAGUUCCAUGCUCUAGUGUUUAUGGCACAGAAGCUAUACGAUGUUGUCCAGAAUAAAUGUAAGGUGGAAGGUGCCGAUGCUGUAAUGGUCCAAGAGCUACAAGUCGGUGGACAUCUUUAUUUGCAAGUGUUGAAGGAACGACUUCAAACUAUAUUGUAUAUCAUCAAGGCGAAUAUUCUAAAGCGAGCUAAAACUGCUAAGAAAUUUGUACUGACUUCGAAAGAGCUGCAGCAAUUGAUCCGAAUGGCUGGGAGUUUGGAACAAAAGAUGGAGACGUUCCUGGCGACUGGCAACGCCCCGUCCACCAACGUGAACCUCGCGCAGUACAAGGGGCUGACGAUCGUCGCCGAGAACAUCAACAGGAUGCGAUACAUGUCGCAUUUCAAGGCGAUCCACCGCGGCUCGUUCUUCAUGGAGAUGCGCACGACGGAGGCGCGUCAGCUGCUGCCCGACGCGUGGGGCUUCGUGUGCCCCGUGCACACGCCCGACGGCGCGCCCUGCGGCCUGCUCAACCACCUCACCGCCUCCGCGCAGGUCACGCAGCAUCCUGACCCUAAGCAUCUCCCCAACCUGCCAUUCGUCCUGGAAAAAUGUGGAAUGGAGCCUAUCAGCUCGGUGGCCAAUACUCCAUUGUCCCACGACGUAUACAAGUACCCAGUCUUCAUAGACGGGAGACUGGUUGGCUAUCUGCCUGAAGACACCGUUCAAAGGAGUGCCGCUUAUCUCCGGACAUUGAAGAUCAAGGGGGAAGAGGUGCCUAUAACUACUGAAAUUGUUGUGAUACCCAAAAAACAGAUGUGCGCCCAGUAUGCGGGUGUAUUCCUCUUCACGACCGAGGCUCGUAUGAUGAGACCGGUCAUCAACUUGUCCACGGGACAGUUGGAACUUAUCGGGACAAUGGAACAGUUGUAUUUGGACAUCGCCGUCACUCAGAACGAAGUUAUAAAAGGUAGAACAACACAUUUGGAGCUCUCGAAGUCAGCGUUCAUGAGCAACUUGGCACAACUGGUCCCGAUGCCCGACUGCAACCAGUCGCCUCGUAACAUGUACCAGUGCCAGAUGGGCAAGCAGACGAUGGGUACGCCCAUCCACACGUGGUCGUCCACCGCCGAGACCAAACUGUACCGCCUGCAGUCGGGCGCGGCUCCGCUGUUCCGGCCGCUGCACCACGACCAGAUGCGACUGGACGACUAUCCCGCCGGCACCAACGCCAUACUCGCCGUCAUCUCCUACACGGGCUACGACAUGGAGGACGCGAUGAUCAUCAACAAGUCGGCGUACGAGCGCGGCUUCGCGGCGGGCGCGGUGUACAAGGCCAACUUCGUGGAGCUGGCGCACGCGGCGUCGUACUUCUGCCGCGACCCCGCGCGCGCCGAGCUGGCGCCGCACGUGGACGCCGACGGGCUGCCCGCGCCCGGCGCGCGCGUGCGCCCCGACGACCCCUUCUACUGCUACUGGGACGGCGAGAAGAGUCAGUUCGUGGUUUCUCGCUACCACGGCAAAGAGGAGGUGUUCGUGGACAACGUGAGGUUAUGUGGGGACUUCUCGUCGAAAGCGCCGAAGAAGGCCUGUGUCAUGGUUCGGAUACAGCGUAAUCCGACAGUAGGUGACAAGUUCGCGUCCCGGGCCGGACAGAAGGGUAUCUGUUCGCAGAAGUGGACGGCUGAGGACUUGCCGUUCACGGAGUCGGGUCUCAUCCCGGACAUUCUGUUCAACCCUCACGGUUUCCCGUCUAGAAUGACAAUCGCUAUGAUGAUCGAGUGCAUGGCCGGGAAAGCGGCGUGUCUGCAUGGACACGUCCACGACGCGACGCCGUUCCGCUUCAACGAGCGGGACACGGCGAUCAACUACUUCGGGCGCCUGCUGGAGGCCGGCGGGUACAACUACUUCGGCACCGAGCGCAUGUACAGCGGCGUGGACGGCAGGGAGAUGGCGGCCGACAUCUUCUGCGGGCUCGUGCACUACCAGCGGCUGCGGCACAUGGUGUCGGACAAGUGGCAGGUGCGCACGACGGGCGCCGUGGACGCGCUGACGCGGCAGCCCGUCAAGGGCCGGCGGCGCGGCGGCGGCGUGCGCCUCGGCGAGAUGGAGCGCGACGCGCUGCUGUCGCACGGCGCCGCCUUCGUGCUGCAGGACCGCCUGUUCCACUGCUCCGACAAGACCGAGGCGAUCGUGUGCUCGAAGUGCGGCACGCUGCUGGGCCCCGCGGCGGGGGACGCGGAGGGCUCCAAGGACUCGUGCCGCCUGUGCGGGGAGGGGGACCUGCUGACCGUGGCCAUUCCUUAUAUCCUCAAGUUCUUUGUCACGCAACUGGCCUCCGUUAAUAUUAAUGUUAAAAUCAAUUGUAACAACGAUUUAGCCAUAACGAGUUGUUGAUUGUUAAUACAUUUGUAUAGUAAUAAUAAAAAAAUUACAAUAAUGAUUUGUUUUACUUCAA